CCAAAAAAUGCAAGCUCUCAUUUCUCACUCUCUCUCUUCUCAACCUCCUCUCCUCUUCUCCACUUCUCUUCCUCUACGCUUCAACCCCUCUCCGCCUAGGUUUCCGACCUCUCGCUUCUCCACUUCAGCUCCGGUACGACGCCGUUCGAUUCGACCGGUAAUCGCUUGCAUUAGCGAAGGCGGUGGCGGAACCGGCGACGUUUCGGAGGCUGGAGAAGCUGCGGAGGUUAAAGGAGAGUUGGAGAGUGGGAGUAUAUGGAAGCAGAUGAAGGAGAUUGUCAUGUUUACGGGGCCGGCUACCGGGAUCUGGAUCAGCGGCCCGCUUAUGAGCCUUAUCGACACUGUCGUCGUCGGUCAGGGAAGCUCCGUUGAGCUUGCUGCUUUAGGUCCUGGAACUGUAAUGUGUGAUAAUAUGAGCUACGUGUUCAUGUUUCUUUCGAUCGCAACUUCUAAUAUGGUCGCUACUUCACUUGCAAAAGGGGAUAAAGAUGAAGUGCAACAUCAUAUAUCCACCUUGCUCUUUGUUGCAUUGACCUGUGGCUUCUUAAUGCUAUUAUUUACAAGAUUUUUCGGCUCAUGGGCACUCACUGCUUUUACUGGAGCAAAGAACAUGCAGAUUAUUCCAGCAGCAAAUACAUACGUUCAGAUACGGAGUUUAGCAUGGCCUGCGGUUCUUGUUGGUUGGGUUACCCAGAGUGCAAGUCUUGGCAUGAAAGAUUCAUGGGGUCCUUUGAAGGCGUUAGCUGUAGCCAGUGCUAUUAAUGGCCUAGGUGAUAUACUGCUGUGCAGCGUUUUAGGCUAUGGUAUUGCCGGCGCAGCAUGGGCGACAAUGCUGUCACAGAUUGUUGCAGGAUACAUGAUGAUUGAAUCUCUGAACCAGAAAGGAUACAACUCUUAUGCUAUUUCUGUUCCCUCACCCAAAGAGCUUCUAACAUUAAUUGGGCUUGCUGCUCCAGUGUUGGUGACAAUGAUGUCUAAGGUUGCUUUCUACUCUCUCAUUGUAUAUUUUGCAACGUCUAUGGGCACAAAUACAAUGGCUGCUCAUCAGGUCAUGAUUCAAACAUUCUUCAUCUGUACGGUGUGGGGUGAACCUCUCUCUCAAACUGCACAGUCAUUUAUGCCUGAGUUGAUAUAUGGAGUAAAUCGUAGUUUGCCCAAGGCUCGAAUGCUGCUCAAGUCACUUGUAAUCAUUGGAGGAAUCCUUGGUUUAGCUUUAGGAAUUAUUGGGACAUCUAUUCCAUGGUUGUUUCCUAACAUGUAUACACCUGAUCAGAAGAUCAUAAAGGAGAUGCAUAAACUACUAGUGCCAUUUUUUCUUGCAUUGGCUGUGACACCCGCCAUUCUCAGCUUUGAGGGAACAUUGCUGGCUGGACGAGAUCUUAGAUUCAUUAGUCUAUCAAUGAGUAGCUGCUUCUCUUUAGGUGCACUUCUACUGCUGCUUGUGAGUAGCAGAGGAUGUGGUUUAGUAGGCUGCUGGUGGGCACUUGUAGCAUUUCAAUGGGCUCGGCUUUUCCUCUCUUUACGACGCCUUAUAUCACCUGACGGCAUACUCUACUCUGAAGAUACGAGCCAUUAUAAACUGGAAGAACUCAGAGCAGUAUAGUAUAGGAAUCACACGAGUGAUAAGUCAUGAUAAUUGGUAGCAUCUUGGUGAGGGUCACCCUUCCCUUUAUACAAAGUAUCAAAAAGAUGAAGUCGGCACUAGUCCUAUAUUUGCAAGAAGGCGGAGAGGACGACCAAAUGUGGAGUCAAGAUCCAUUGAGCACAUGGAGACAACAGAUAGUGUCGAGAAAUUAAUCUCAAGUUGCUGCUGGUUCUCUUUCGAUCAGUUGUUGUAAUUGUUCUGUAUCUUAGAAAGCUCAGUCCUAUAGUCCAAGCAAUUCAAGGCUCCUAUUCAAAUUCUUCUAUGAAACUAUUUCCCCUUUGUUCCAUUUAACACAUGUGUUCGAGUGGUUACUGGUUAGUAAUCUCGUAUUCACAUUAGCCAAACACUUUUCCUACUCUUUUGAUGCUUAUUUCUACUAUCUGGUGUCACCGAAAGUAUGGAAUGAUGAAGCAAAGCUGGAUGCGGAAUUGGUCCUAUCGCAAUAGGGUG